AUGACAUUGGACAAUCUACUUUACGAAGCAAGCUAUCCAGGCCUAGCAGCACUGCUGGUCCUCUUCUGCACAAUCUUCAUCUGUACAACCAUAUAUUUCCGUCCCAGAAUUUCCCAGGAUGAAGAUGGACCAUCCAUCCCCUCAGCCCCCUACUGGAUUCCCGUCCUCCGAAACACCAUCCCCUUCCUUUUCAACUCUCACCAAUACCUAAUCACCCUCCGCCAAAUAUUCGGUCCCUCCCCCAUUUCUCUCUCCAUAGCCGGUCAGAAAAUCACCUACAUGCCCCACAGCGACGGCACCGCCACCAAGAUGCUCAAAUCCCGAGCCCUAACCCAAACACCCCUAAUCAUCAAACACCUGCGAGACAAUUUCGGAAUGCCAGAAACCGACCUCCAUCUAUACUUCGACACGAACGACACCAACCCAAGUCAAGAAGACCACCGCGCUCUACACAUACUGCUCAGUGGAACGACCCUAGAAACCUUUGCAGACAUAACAGCCACCCAACUGACCAAAUCCAUCGAGCGGAAACGAGCCCAAUGGACAAACUGGGUCGAACUACCAGACCUAUAUACCUUCGUACGAGACGAACUCUCCCGCGCACAGAUGUACGCUCUCUGCGGGGAGGAGAUUUUUAAUGUAGCUCCGGACCUGAUGCAUGAUUUCUGGGAGUUUGACCGACAACUUCCGAGUCUCUUCAAAGGACUACCGACCUUGCUAAUCCCAAAGGCGCGAGCAAGUCGAGAUAAAAUGCUCGCUCAUAUUCGCGCAUGGCAUACCCGUCUUGCAGAAUCACCGCCCCCUGACCCCGAAGCAGGAUGGGAUCACAUUCACGGCCUGAGCCUCAUGACCUCCCGAAGACAUAUCUGGCGCGAUAUGUCCCCAGAAGGCAGAGUCGUUCAGGAUCUGGGUCUUAUUCGAGCAUCAAUAUCCAACUCUACCGCCGCAACCAUCUGGCCCAUCCUGUCCACCCUGCACCCGAGCAACAAAACCCUAACACCCCGUAUCCUCUCCGCAAUAUCCCCACACUCCACACCAAACAGCCUGGCAUUCAACCGGCAAUCCCUAUCCACAAUACCCCUAUUAAAUUCCCUGUACCUCGAAUCCCUCCGAUACAGCACAGCAGUGGCCAUAAUGCGGCAGCCGAAAGCCCCAAACACUACUAUCUCAAACUAUACAUUCCAGAAAUCAAAUUCCCUAAUGGCAUAUAACUUCACAGCGCACUACGACAAUACCUUCUGGAACGAAGGGGCCUUAUUACCAAACAACGCCGAGCGAGAACACCCAGUCACUACUUUCUACCCUGAGCGAUUCCUCUCUUACCCCGAUGAUGAGCUUAGUGGACCUAUCCGCCCCUCAAACCCACAGCUCACAUCCAUGAUCCGCGAAAAUCCACCCACUUACACCGCGACCGAGGACUCUCAUGCAAAGGUAAUCACCUCCGAGUUACAGGAUUACUUUUUCCCGUAUGGAGGGGGAGGCACCAUCUGUCCUGGACGACAUUUCGCAAAGCAGGGGAUUAUAUUCACACUUGCGUUGAUGAUUCGGGGGUUUGAGAUUGAGGUGCUUGAUAAGGAGGUCGUGGAGGAAGUGAGGCCGGAUGAGAGGUUUUCGUUGAUGGGGAAUUUACCGCCUGAUAGGCCAGUCAGGGUACGGGUUCGGGCAAGGGGGUUGGAUUGA